AAGAAGGACAAACUAUAUCUGGUGUGUCAUGAGUCACGUGACCACAUUCGCCAUUUUGAACACACGAGUAAUCAAGACAGAUUUCUACGAAAUUCUUUGAAUUACUGGUCGAUUGUGUAACACAGAAAGUGAGAAUAACAUGGCCCAGUUUGGAGCUGCAAAGAAUCCACCAUGGGCCAGGACAGGAGCAUCUGUAUCGAACAGUGUGAAUCUUGGCACUCAGAUCCUGAGCCAACCAGGAGUAGCUACCCCAACAGUGUUCAGUCUUGGAAGCACAACUCCCUCCCUCGCUACCCCCCAAUAUACAGCCCAGCAGAUCUCUGUCAUACAGCAGCAACAGGCAGCAGCUGCCGUCCUCCAGGUCCCAGGCAGCAUGGGCCUGCCACAGGUACAGCCUGGUGUUGCUUUACCUACAAGUUUGUCAUCCAACCAAGUGGCCACAGUGUCCUACCCAGCACCUAGAGCCACAGGGGCACAACCCACACCCAAACAGAGAGUUUUCACUGGACAGGUCACAAAGCUUCAUGAAAACUUUGGCUUUGUUGAUGAAGAUGUAUUCUUUCAAACUUCGGUUGUCAAGGGAACCCUUCCACGUGUGGGGGACCGUGUACUAGUUGAGGCCAGUUACAAUGCUAAUAUGCCAUUCAAGUGGAAUGCUACCAGAAUCCAAGUCUUACCCAAUCAGGCAAUGGGAGGACCAUCCGCUCUACAACAACAGCAAGCAGCACAACAGGCCAUGCUCAAAGUUGCUCCACCAGGUAUCACCCCCAGUAUAACCCCUGCUGUGCCAAACCUCAGCCAGCCUCCCCCGCCACUCAUGGGACAUGGACGUGCAAGUUCAAACCAAUCUAUACCAAACCAGCGAGGUGGCAGGGAUCGUUUCAGUGAUCGAGAUUCAAGAGAGGGAAGGGGAAACAGGGAUCAUCGCAAUGAACGUGGUCAGGAGAGAGAGCGAAGGUCACCAAGGAAGAGGUCAAGGUCACCAGUACAGAGGCGUGCAAGGUCAAGGUCACCUGCACGUAGGAGUCCUCCAAGGAGAAGGCCCAAUAGAAUUGUACCCAGAUACAUGGUGCAGAUUCCAAAGCUUCUGCUCGACACGACUGAAGCUGUUGUGAUGACCCUCAAGCAGAGAUACCAGAACCUCUAUAUUCCUAGUGACUUUUUCCAAGCUACAUUUAGUUGGGUUGAUGCGUUCCCAGCACAUAGAACCUUACAGAUAGGUAAUCACUGUGCAUUCCAUGUUGCCCACAAGGAGGUUGAUGCUCUCACAGAGAAUGAUGCCAUACUUGAACCACCAGAUGCUGAUCAUCUAUAUAGUGCCAAGGUAAUGUUACUGGCCAGCCCUAGUAGGGAAGACAUCUAUCACAAAUCUUGCGCCUUGGCUGAUGAUGUGUCAGAGAUGCGAGAAAAUUUCCAACAUCCCACACGGCUGCUCCAGUUCCUUGUUGGUUUAAAAGGCAAGAGUGAGCCAAUGGCUAUAGGAGGCCCCUGGUCACCCUCCUUAGAUGGCCCCAACCCAGGAGAAGACCCUCGCGUGUUGAUCAAGACUGCAAUCAGAACUACCAGGGCCCUUACAGGGCUCGACCUGAGUGUCUGCACACAAUGGUACAGAUUUACUGAGAUCCACUACCACCGGCCAGAGGAGACUCACAAGGGACGCCUGGUGCCCGCCAGGGUGGAGACCACAGUCAUUUUCUUGCCUGAUGUUUGGAGCUGCCAGCCUACACGUCUGGAAUGGGAAGGCCUCCAGAGCCAGUACAAGUCACAGCUGACUGAUAAACUCAGUGAAGAAUCCAAUGAAGACCAUCAGGAUGAGGAAGAGGAGGCAGCAGCUGAUGGUGGUCCCAAGGAGCCCUCUCACUUUUCAGAGUUAGAUCCUAAAACCAUGAAGGUGAGUGAACUGAGACAUGAACUAGAGGCACGCACCCUCAGCUCUAAAGGCCUCAAGUCCCAGCUGAUAGCCCGCCUCCUAAAGGCAACCAAGUGUGAGUCUGAGAAGGAAACUGAAGAGAAAGAAAAGAAGGAAGAAGAAGGGGAACCAGAGGAAGAGAAGGAGCCAGAGAAGAUGGAGGUGGAUGAGAGAGAUGAAGAGAGAAAGAAGAAAGAGGAUGAAGAGAAGAAGCGCCGUGAAGACCGAGAGAAGGCAGCCAGGGAACGCCGCUACACACUACCUGAGAACCCAGCCAUCAUUGUGCAUCCCUCCACCACAGCCAAGAGUGGCAAGUUUGAUUGUACAACUAUGUCUCUCAGCGUGCUCUUAGACUACAGGCCAGAAGAUAACAAGGAACAUUCCUUUGAGGUGUCCCUAUUCGCCGAGCUAUUCAAUGAGAUGCUGAUGAGGGACUUUGGCUUCACCAUCUACAAGGGAUUGAUGGUUGCCCCAGACAGGAGGAAGGAAGAAGAGGAAGAGAAAAAGAGAGAGAAAGAAAAGAAGGAGAAGGAAGAAAAAGAGGCCAAAAAAGAUGAUUCUAAAGAGCCAAGUUCCAAAAAAGCUCGCACUGAUGAUGGAGACAGUGAUAAGACUAGCAAGAAAGAUGACAAAGAAUCUAAGACUGAGGAUGAUAAAGAUAAAAAAGAUGAUAAAGAGAGUGAUAAGAAGGAUGAUGAUAAGGAUGAUAAGAAGAGGGAUGAGCGCAGGAAGGACUCUAAGGAACGUAGCUCCAGCUCUAAGGACAGAGACAAGGACAAGGACAAGAAAGACAAGGACAAGAAGGAGAAGUUAAAAUAUAGAACUAUAGACCCAGCUCUUCUUCUGGCAUUCGUCUACUUCGAUCAGAGUCACUCUGGCUACCUCAUGGACAAAGAUGUGGAGGAUAUCUUACAUACACUUGGCCUAUCACUCUCUAGAUCACAGGUGAAGAAACUAGUCCAAAAGCAAGUGACACGAGACACCCUGAAUUACCGCAAAAUAACAGACAAACCUUUAAGCACAAAGCCCAAGGAAGGAGAAAAGGCUGACAAGGAAGUUAAGACUGAUGAGGUUGAGGUGAAGAAGGAGACUGCAGAUGAAGCUGACCUGAAGACCCAAGUGAAGUCUGAGCCUUCAGAGGAUACUCAUGUAGCAGAUGGCAUACCUACAGAUGAUGUUCUCAGUUUAGGCAACAAGCCUCUCCUCCUGAGUGAUGUGAAGAAAGAGCCACUAACCCCCACUGGUAGAGGAAGAAGGUCUGUUAAGAAGGCAGAGGGAGAGCAGCAGGAUGCUAGCUCUGGUAUGGUAAUGUACAAUGGCUCCCUCCUGGACAUAGGCAGUGUGAUGACACGCUUGGAGAAGAGUGAGAACUCAAGGAAGGCUGUAGAGGCCAAGAUGAAAGACACACAGACUGAGAUUGAUGAUCUCAAGUCUAGCUUCUCAUCUAGUGAACAGAACAGCCAAAAGGUGGCACUGGAGCUUCAAGAGUUAAAGAAGAAAUUGCGAGAUCAAAGGAAGGCAACUGAUGCGGCAGAGUCUAACUCUAAGAAAUACCAUGGUGUUCUCAACCGUUCAUUGGACAAUCUUACUUCUUUAUUAAAAGAGGUACGAUCAACAUUAGAUGUCACUGAGCCAAAGGAAAAUGGAGAUUCUUAGUGUUUUUGUGAAUAACAAUAUUCAGAAUAAUUCAAAUGAAUGUUAUUGAUGUACAUUGAAUAGAUGUAUGCCAUCAUGAAUAGAGACACAGUGGAUAGCGAUAAAGCCUCCUAAUGAAUUGAAUGAAGUGAGGUAUAAUGUCUUAAAUAUUCUAUUCAGUGAUGAUGAUUUAUGCACUAUAUGUGCAGCAUUCAACUGACCGGUCAAUGUCGUCUGUGGCUGCAUGAUGAAUUUAAUAGAAAAUCUCUGUGGAAAGAAUUGUGUUCAGGGGAAGAUAUGUUUAGAAAUAUGAUUCUGAAAUUAUCUGUAGACUGUAGACUUCUACUUGUUUAUAAUUUGAGUGUAUUAGAUAUUAUUAAGUAGGAUUGAAUGAAUGUAUUUUCAAUGUCCAUACUACAUACAAUGUGCUAUAGAUUAUUGCAUAAUGUGAAUUUCAGCAAGACAUUGAGUAGUGUCAUCAUCAGAAUUUAAUGUACAAAACAUUAAUGUUUUUUUAAUAAACACAGUGAAAAUAUGUAUAUUUGAGUUAAUCCU